UGCACAUGCGCAGUGCGCACUGUUUCUGUUCACCUGCAAGAGAUGUGAAGAGAGACCAGGAAGAACACCCAAUAUUGGAUGCAGCAAUUGCAUUUAAAAACAAAACCUUUUGCUUGGAAGUAACAUAAUCAGGGUAAAAAUAUGUUCAAAAAAUUAAAGCAAAAGAUCAACGAGGAGCAGUCGCCACAAAGGAAUGCACAGUCACCGCAACAGGCCCAGGUGGGCCCUGGCGAGCGACGCAGUAGCCAUACCUUCUCCUCCCCUCAGCAAGAUGUCUCGGCCUCACCUAGUGACAGAGAGGUGCUGGCCGGGAUGAUAGCCGAACCUGCUUUUCUCUCUGAAUAUACUAUCUUUGCUCUGGACCAAUCAAAACGACCCCCCAGAGCGCCUCAGGUGGCUCAGGUGGCCAGCGCGGGUGGCAGGAGAGCGUCGGGGUCCCCUGGGGGAAGUAUCAACGGCGACGGGAGGGCUUCUCCUCAGAGAGAGGAGCCCCAGUCUUUGGCCCAGAAACUCCAGCUCCGCGUCCCCUCAGUCGAGUCUCUCUUCCGGGGUGCCACUCGGGCCGAGGGCCUCUUCCGUUCGCCGUCCAAAGAAAGCCUGAACCGCAGCCCCUCCCUCAACUCCCUCACGCCCCCGGGGGAGAACGAGGCCCUGGCCGCUCCGUCGUCUCCCUCCGCCAUCCCCUCGACCCCGGCGUACGAUCCGCCGUCGGACAUCGAGAGCGAGGCGGAGGACUUGUACGGUAGCCCCGAGCCCCUGUCGGCCAUGUCUAAAGACCAGCUGAUCCAUCGGCUCCACCGGGUGGAGGGGAGCCUGGGGAAGUACAGAGGGAAAUACUCUGAGUUGGUCACUACCUACAGAACAGUACAGAGAGACAAGGAGAAAACCCAGGCCAUUCUCAGUCAAAGUCAAGACAAAGCCCUCCGCAGGAUAGGGGAGCUGAGAGAGGAGCUGCAGAUGGACCAGCAGGCUAAGAAGCACCUUCAGGAGGAGUUUGAUGCUGCCCUAGAGGAGAAGGAUCAGAUGAUCACUGUGCUUCAGACUCAGGUUGCCUUGAUGAAGAAGCGUGUGCAGGAGGCCAGUGGUGGCGCCGUGGCCCCUGAGGUUGAACAUCCCCUUCAGGCUAAAGAUGCUCCGGACUCGGCCUCCGUCCUGCAGAGCCCUUCUGAUGACACAGCAGAGGGCAACGAUGACCCAUCUAAAACCAUGGAAGUGCUGCAGAAGAGAGUGACACGACAGGAGAAUCUGCUCCAGAAGUGCAAGGAGCUGCUGAGGACCCACAAGGAGCGCUGCGCCCAGCUGACCAGCGAGAACGACGCCCUGCAGGAACAGCUCCAGGAAAGACUCCAGGAGCUGGAGAAAACCAAGGAGCUCCACACUACAGAGAAGACCAAGCUCAUCACUCAGCUGCGCGACGCAAAGAACCUCAUCGAACAGCUGGAGCAAGACAAGGGCAUGGUCAUUGCGGAGACCAAACGUCAGAUGCAUGAAACUCUGGAGAUGAAGGAAGAGGAAAUAGCCCAACUCCGCUCCAGAAACAAGUUGGUCGCCACCCAAAAAGAGGAGCUGCAGGAGCAGAAGGAGAAGUCUGAGAAAGCUGCCUUUGAGGAGCUGGAGAAGGCUCUGGCAAUGGCACAGAGGGCUGAGGAGGCACGGAGGCUGCUGCAGCUCCAGCUGGAGGAGCAGAUGAAGGAGGUGGAGAGGGCCGGGGAGGAGGAGAGGAAGAGUCUGCAGCAGGAGCUCUCCAGGGUAAAGCAGGAGGUGGUCACCAUCAUGAAGAAAACCUCAGAGGAGAAGAUGUCAGAGAUGGAGAAGCUACAUAGUGAAGCACUGGCCAUUAAAGAGGAAGAGCUCAACACUCGAAUCAGCCAGGCUGUGGAGCAGUGUAAAGAGGAGCUGGGGCAUUCUGCCAAGGAGAGGGAGCAGCAGUUUGCUCUAGCUUUGGAAGAUGCAGAACUGCAGAAGGCUGCCAUAGAGAAAGAGGCUGAGACAAAUUCCAAAAAGAUACGGUUAGAUCUGGAGGCAGCAAGAACUAGAAUACUGGAACUGGAGAGCUCUCUGGAACAGCACUCCCAAUCUGGGUCAGUUCCAACAACGGAUGAUCUUUCCACUCAAAUGGAGGAGCUGAGGAGAAAACACAAGGAGGAGAUGGCUACACUAGAGGGGAAACACUGUGAGGAGCUGGAGAAUUGCAAGACUGAGCUGGAAAAGCACAAGGUGGAGCUUCACUCGGAGGCCUUAGCCCAACACAAUGCUGCUAUGGAGGAGCUCAGGGCAAAACACAGAGCUGGAGUAGAGACCAUCAUGAAGGAGAAAGAGGUCCAGUUUCAUGCUCAUGUAGAAGACAUGAACGAGAAGAUGAUGGAGAAGCUGGAUGUGAAACAGACUGAGUUGGAAGCCCUUUCCUCAGAACUUCAGGAGGUGUUGCGGAGCAAGCAGAUUCUUGAGGAGAGACUGGAUGCAGUUGAAAAUGCUGGUCGGUCAGCCAGACAGGAAUUGGAGCAGAGGCUGCAAGAGGUGCUGACCAAACACAGUGUAGAUAUUGAGGAAAUCAAGCAGCACCAUGAAAGUUCAUUGGGGGGAAUGGAGAAGACUCUAAAAGAGGAACUCAACAAGUUGACGAUGGUACUGAAGGAGAAAGAGAAGGACCUUGAGGCCCACCUUGUCUGUGAGAAAAGCUUAAAGGAAGAAGCAGAGGCACUUCUUCAAGACAGGAAUGCAAAGCUUACAGAAUUAGAGGAGCUGAGAAAGAGUUUAAAGCAGGCCCAAUCAGAAAAGAAGGGCCUUGAGAAAUCUAAUGCCCAUCUCAGUAAGAUCAGAGAUGAACUCUCAUGCUGCAAAAAUCAGUUAAACGAUUUGGUGCAAAAACUGGAGACAACUCAAAGUGACUGCCUGCAGAAAGAGCACUCUCUUCAACAAAAGAUAAUGGAACUUCAUGAGUUAGAUAAACAGUUGCAACAGGUUAAGAAUGAGCUCUCUGAACAGGAAAAAUCAUACACUAAAGAACUGAACACUAAACAAGAGGAAGAAAAACAACUAAAGAAACAGCUGGAGGACCAGAAAGCUGCUCAUGAGAAGAAAUUGGAGAACGUUAAAAAAGACAUGGAAACCAAGUUAAAAUCACAGGAGGCAAAGAUGGAGAAAUUUAAAACAAAGACCAAAGAGAUGCAGGAGAAAUUUAAAAAAAAGCUUCAGGAGCAAGAGGAGUCAUUGAAAAAGGAGCUGGCUUACAAAGAGGCAGAGCUAAAGCAGAAGGAACAGCAGGUGAAAGAUAAAAUCCUUGAGUCUCAGACAAGUUCAGAAGGCCUGAGCAGCGCUAUGUCCCAGCUUGAGGCCAACCACAAGGAAGAACUAGAAAAGAUGUGUGAAGUACAUAAGCAAGAGAAGGAAAAGCUUAAGAGUCAUUGGCAGGAAAAGCUUGCACAACAUGAAGAAGAAAUGCAGGAGAAACACUUACAAAUAUUGCAGGAGAAGUUACAGGAAGUUGAGGAUAUCACCCAGCAGCUCCAAACCAUCAAGGAUGAAAAAGAGCAAGUUUUGCAGGAGGUGAAUGAUUUAAAGGAGGAGUUGGUCAUGAGACAGACUACUGUGCAGAAACUCCAAGCUGAGCUAAAGGAAGCAGCAGUCAAGUUGGAGAGUUUAUCUCAAACUGAGGCAAUGUUCAAAGAGCAAGUGGAGGCAGUUGAGAGAAAUCUUAACACAGCUCUUAAUGAGAGAAACUCCUUCCAGGAUCAGCUGAACAAGACUGAAGAGAACGCAAAAGAGAAGCUCAAGGUACUCUCUGAGAAGGUUGUAGACACAGAAAAGCAGCUUCAAGCUCUUGAGGCUUCAAAGGGAAAGGAAGGGGAGGCUGUUCAGAGGAGACUUGAAGAACAUUCUCUACAACUAGAAGUCAAGGAAAAAGAACUGCAGAAGCAGUUUGCUGGGAUCAGCAACGAACUUGUGUCUUACUGUCAGGCAAUUGAGGCCAGCAUCGAAAGUGGUACAAAGGAGCUCUCUGAACGAGUUGACAAUAGAGUAGGAGAGCUUAAAGACAGGCUUCUGUGUAAUCAGAAGAAAGUUGCACAUCUUAAAAACAUUAUCCUAACCAGUGUGGACAAGAUUCACUCCUUGGAGGGGCAACUACAGGAGAGGACUGAGGAGAAUAAAAGUCUAUGUAGUUCACUAGACCAGUUGACUUUUCAGCUAAAUGUGCACAAAGAUGAUAUCAAAGCCUUGACUGCUGAGAGGGAGUCUCUGCAGAAGGAUGCUGAGAACCACUCCCAAGCUCUUUCAGAAAAAGUUAUUUGCAUCGAACAGCUCAGUGAGGAAAACCGCACCUUAUUGGAGAAUAUCAAAACUAAUGUUGUGGAUAUCAGCCACUUGGAUAGUAUAAUAAACGACUUGAAGACCCAAUUAUCAGGUAGCCUUGCGGGGAAGGACCAAGCCAUAUCACUGCUUGAGCAGCAGCACAAGGAGGAAAGAAAGGUCCUUGUUUUUCAAAUGGAAGAGACUAUUAACAAACUAGAAAAAGAGAAGCUAUCUGCAGUGAAGCAGGCUGACACCCUCAAGAAUGAGCUCAUUGAGUUAAAGAGGGAAGCAGAGUUCAGGUUCUCUCAAAACCACAAUACUGUGAAGUCUCUCCAAACCUGUCUUGAAGACAUGGAGAAGCAGGUCUCUGAGAAGGAUGAGGCCUUACAAAGGCUGGCAGAUAGCAUCGGCAAUCAGUCCAUCAGCAAGUCAGAGAUUGACCAAGCCUUGAGUGAAAAGGAGCAGAAAGUCAGUGCACUCACUUUGGAGGUGGAGAACUGCAAUCACCGACUCAGUGAGUUGGAGCAGCAGUUGGUACUCAGGACAAAGGAGUGUGAGCAGCUAACUGCUGACCUGAAGCAGCAGGACUGUAUUAGGGAGAGAGAGAAACAAGAGCUCACUGAUCAUCUUCAGCAGACUCAGGAGCAGUUCAGAGCCCAGAGUGGUGAUCUACUCCAGACAACACAGGAGAAACUGCAGACUCUGGAGAGACAGAACCUAACUUUGACACAAGAGCUGGAGCGGCAGAAGGAUGUCUAUGAGAAGACAAAGUCUGAGAUUCUCAAAAGCAAUGAAGAGAAUCUGAAGACUGUUGAAGAGAGGUUGUUAAAAGACAAUGCUGGCAAAGUGGCCGAGCUAAAGAAGAAAGCUGAGCAGAAAAUCAGCCAGAUUCGGAAACAUUUGACCUCACAACUCGAAGCAAAGGAAAAUAUAAUCAGAACCUUUCAGACAAAGUUGGAAGAGGCUGAAGUUGACAAAGUGACAAAGAUGCAGCAAAUUGAGACCUUAGAGAAGAAAGGAAAGUCCCUUGAGGAAGCCAUGGCCAAGAUGAAUGAAGAACAGGAGAAACACCUAGAGCAAGUACAUAGUGAUGAGAGACUGGAGAAAGAGAGCUCUUUACAAUCAUUGCAGGACAUGUAUGAGGAAAAGAUAUCCUCACUUCAGAAAAAUAUUUCCAACCAAGAAGAAGCCCUAGCUAAGCUGAAGGAAAAAAAUGAAAAAUAUCUUGAGCAGGUACAGAAUGAUAAUAGAAUUGAUAAGGAGAGCUCUGUGGAGGGAUUGAAAAACAUGUAUGAGGAAAAGCUACUGUUGCUUCAUAAAGACAUUUCAAACCAGGAGGAAACCAUUGCCAAGCUGAAAGAAGCACAAGAAAAACAUGUUGAGCAGGUACGUAACAAUGAGAGGCUUGAUAAAGAAAGCUGUUUGGAGAGUUUGAAAAACAUGUACGAGGAAAAGCUGUUGUUGCUCCAGAGAGAUGUUUCAAGCCAGGAUGAGUCAAAAGCAGAUAACACCCUCUCCAGGCUUGAGGAGGUUAAGGCGAAGUUAAAGGAAAUGGAAGAGGAGAGGGUCAACAUUCUGUCUGAAAUCAGUUCCUUGAAGGAAGAUUUGCUUGAAAAGGCUGCACUGAUAGAACAGCAAAAUACAGUUAUCGAUGGCUUCAAAAAACCAGGGCAGACCACAAGUGAAGUCAUGGAGCAUUGCACUGCAAAGCAAACCAAGAGUCUUGCAGCAGGCAGAGAGAUGGAGAACUCUUUGACACAGGAAGAUGGGGAUGCCGAAUCUCUGUUGUCCCUGCAGAAUAAGCUAGGGGAGGCAGUGCAGGAGAAACAGAAGUUGCAGAAAGAUUUCAACAGGCUACAAAAAGAUCUCCGUUCCCUAAGGAGAGAACAUGAGCAGGAUCUGGAGUAUGUAAAGAAAGAGUUGGCCCAAGAGAAUGAGAAGAAGCUCAAGCUUGAGGUUGAGGAUCUGGAGAUGAAGCACAACUCCUCCCUAAAGCAGCUGAUGAGGGAGUUCAACACGCAAAUGGCUUUGAAAGAACAAGAGCUGUCUGCUGCAGUGAAGGAGGCCAUUGAGAAGGCCCAGAGCGUGGAGGUGGAGCUAAUUGACAGCCAUCAGGAGGAGACAAGUCAGCUCCAUAAGGUGAUUGCCCAGAAAGACGAUGACUUAAACAGAACGGUCCAACGAUAUGAGCAGGUCCUGCAGAGUCGAGAGGAGGAGAUGGGGGCCAGAGUGUGGCAGGUACAGAAGGAGCUGGAGGACCUGCAGGCCAAGACGCUCAGCAACAGCGGAGAGAUGAGUGCUGAGGAGCUGCAGGUCCUGCUGGCUGAGAAAACCACGCUGCUGAGUGAGGCACGGUUGAAGGAGCAGCACUACGUUGACAGGAUCCACUCGUUGGAGGACAAGAUGAGGUGUGUCCACAAGAACUCAGUGGUCACUCAUCUGGGGAACAAGUUCAAAGAUCCUGGCCAUUACACUGCUGAGUGCUUCUCAGAACCCACAGAGUUUGAAUAUCUGCGGAAAGUCCUGUUUGAGUACAUGAUGGGACGGGAAACAAAGACGAUGGCCAAAGUCAUUACCUCCAUUCUGAAGUUCCCGCCGGACCAAACACAGCAGGUUCUGGAGAAAGAGGACGCAGGCGUCUAUUCCUUCUGGCCGUAAAUGCCCUGGCUACGGUGAGGGUCACAUCUCAGAGGGAUGCUGGUUCUUUAAGGUUGGAGAUGUACUGAAUUGCUGCUGAAGGACAAGACGGAUGACUGCUAUUUGACUGCAUCUAGCCUUUCUACUGUCUUGUCUGCUUUACUGGCUUCUUUCUGUGUUUGUACGUGUUGGCGUGCGUGUGAGUGAGUGCGUGUGUGUGUGUGUGAGCGAGUGCGUGCGUGCGUACAGGUGCGUGCUGGUGCCUGUGUGCACGUUGGAGUUUUGGUGUGCUGUCUAUGUGUGAGCUGCAUAGCUUGUGGUAUGAGGGAACUAGAGGUAAAUAUCAUCCAAGUAGCUGAUUCUUCCAGUCUAAUUUCAUGAAAUUAUAUUGCUGUUUUUAAUUAAUGAAUAAUACUAUUUGUUUUUGUCCAAAGUUAAUUCAUUCUUUUUGUUUUACAUUUUCUUUGAAUGGUUGGCUUGUGCAAUGAGUUUGUUUUGAUCAAUGUAUUCUUUGUGAUUUGAUUCUUUGGUUGUUUGUUGUUUUUCGGUUGGUAAAUGGUUAUUUUAUCAGUUGAUUUUUAGUGUCCUUUCUACUGUAUGUCACUUUGUUCUUAUGAUGCUGAUGAGAUCAUAGAGAUAGAAUGUCUAGAUUCUAAAUAUAUAUAUGGAUGAGAUUACCCUUUAACUGUACUUGUGCACUCAAUCACUUAAAGACACACUGGCCUCUAGUACCAUGUGUGUUGGUUCUUCCCACAGCCUUUCUACUUUAUAUUUUGUGGAGACUGAUAAAAUCUACUCAUAACAUAAUGUAUAUUGUAAAUAAAAGUUAUUAUCUGUACUGUAGGACACAAUGUGACAAUUUACUACAUUUUGAGCUAAUACAAUUUUAUUAUAGUACAA